AUGCAAGUUAUUUCGAGUUACGUUCUCCUAACCUUCACGAUUCUAAACAUAACCUGGGCAUUGAAAGUAAAAUUCACCAAAUUGGAAUGUUUCGAAUUGGAUAAACCCUUCGCCACAAUACCCAAGUGUUAUUUGAAGGCCCUGUCGCGCUAUCAAUCGGCAUUGAAUAUUCAUGUGGCCCUGCAUCAGGUUCCCGUGAAUAAUGUUUCGUUCAAUGCCGCCCUCUACCAGAAAGGCAACAAUGGCUAUCGGCCGUUUAUGUAUAAUAACACCGUAGAUUUUUGUAGUUUCUACAAAAAUCCAAAUCGUUUUAUAUUUUGGAAAAUCAUAUUUUUCAACAUGAUUGCACCGGCAUCAAAUAUCAAUCACACAUGUCCAUUUGAUCAUGACAUUAUUGUGAAAAAUUUAAUAUUGGAUUCGUCAAUGUUUCGAAUGAUACCCUUCCCGGCAAAUGAAUACUCGGUAAGGGUUAAGGUUGCUGCCUACAAUCAUUAUAAGGCUGAUAUUCGAGCUUAUUCAGUACCUUAUGCCAAAUUCCGUGGAAAUCGAAGUAUAUAUAGGGACUUUGUUACA